UCAGCAAGCUUCAAUGUUUUGAAUGAUUUUGAAUGGUUCACGUCGGCAUCCAUAGAUCGAUGGCAAAAUCUCCUGUCAAAUUGUACGUUAACGACCUCUCUCGAGGUAUGGCAAGACAGCUGUCACCUUUUAUACUUGGCAAGCAAAUCGAUGGGAUCUGGCAUACAGGCCUGGUGUGUUAUGAUAGGGAGUUUUUUUACGGCGGUGAUGGAAUAAAUAGUUGUCUCCCGGGUGGAACAAUUCUUGGUAGUCCAGAUGAAGUUGUUGAUCUUGGUGAUACAGAAAUAACUCAAGAUCUUUUCAUUGAUUUUUUAAGUGCUGUUGGACAAGAAGAUUUUAGAGGAGAAAAAUAUAACUUGUUUGAACACAACUGCAACACCUUCUCAUCAGAAGUGGCCAUGUUCCUGACUGGGAAUAAAAUACCACAACAUAUUCGAGACCUUCCUUCAGAAGUUCUGAACAGUUCAUUUGGUCAGAUGAUAAGACCCAUGAUAGACUCUGUAUCUGUGAGGCCUUCAGGAGGCACGUCAAUAUCCCCUACACCAUCAACAUCAACAUCAAGAGCACCAGAAUCAAUAUUUGAGCCAAGAAAUGGUCCCCCCGGAAAGACUAAGCAAAGGGAACCACCAGAUGGCUGCACAGUGUGAAAAAUUGUUUUCAUCAUCCAAAGGACUACAGGAGACUGUAAAAAAGGCCUGUGGGAGUUUCCCAAGCAUUCCAUCUUGUGCAACUCAAGUUGAGUGCAUCAAAUUGUUUUGCUGUGCUAUCAGCCAUCCGUCUGGUCACUCCUCCUUGCUUGGUGACAGUCACCCCACACCUCUUCCUUCUGUGACAAUCAAUUGUCUCCUCAGCAAAGAUUCGGAACUCCAAACUGUCGGGGCUGCUUUAGUUUCCAAUAUCGCAAGACUAAAGAUACACGAAGACAUUGCGUUAGAGUGUUCUACAGCCGUCAUUGAACUUUUAAACAGAAAUGUUUCUCCAGAGACAGAACAUAAUUGUCUGUACGCUUUAAGAAAAUUCAUGGAUUACAAUUCAGAGGUGGCUGCCCUUGUAAGUGUUAUGGGAGUAAAUGUUGGCAAGUACAAAGGAAGAUCCUCUGAAGUUGAUGAACUUUGUAGAGAUUUGGAAAAGUUACUCAGCUGAUAUCAGCCUGAGACAUUGCGCACACAGAUGAUGAAAAAAAAAUCACAUUUAAAAUAAAAUUUUAAUUUCUGAGGAGAAAUUUUAACCCGUUCGUAGGUGGGUUGAGAAAUUAUUGCUUCAAAUGACGUCAUGUCUUCUUCGUAAACUCCGCCCGCAGCGUGGUCACACUAAAUUUUGGUCGAAUAAUAUUGCAGAGCUCGUAGAGCGUAGCACUAUAUCUACAUCACCGCGUUGAUCAGCGGAUGAUUCAACACAUAGUAUGUAUAAGAAAGUAAAGGAAAAGAAAACACGGAAAGUAAAAGUUCCAACUAGAUCUUGGAACAAGGUUUCAUUUUUAGUGACCUGUUCCGGAAAUUCAUUGGGGAAGUAGAAGUUGAGAACAGAACUUUGAGAUUAAAAAGAAAAAAAUAUGUAGAUUAAAACAAGUUAUUACCUCGUCAGCUGAAAAUCUUCAACAUAGAUUAGCUUGCAAUUAUUUGGCUGAGGCGAAGUGAAUGUUGUGCACAAAAUUCAACGAGCCUCAAGGCAGGUAAUUGUCGUAAUGAAAUUUCAAAACGAAGCAAGUUUUACAAACAAAAAGUGUAUAUAAAAAUAUUUCUGCCUGUCAUCAUUCAAGAGAGCAUGCCUUGACAGGAGUUUUCUUGGUAAAUUGCUACGGCGUGCUCGUUGAUUAUUUAAAGUUUUCAAAUAUUUUAAAUGCUUUAAACUCAAGUAAGAUGUCGAAUUUCUUUACUCUGACAUUUUCAUGUUUGUUACUGAACGACUUGGAAAUAAACGAACAAUAGUUAUUCUA